UGUCCAGAUCUGAACAUGCAGUGUGACUCCUCUGGUGGAUACUGCAGCCCCAGAUGCAAGUCUGACGAAUUGGCUCUGUCGGGGCUCUGCAAAUACGACAACUGCUCCUGCUGUAUCAGGGACCCGUGUCCAGAUCUGAACAUGCAGUGUGACUCCUCUGGGGGAUACUGCAGCCCCAGAGCCAAGUGCAAGUCUGACGAAUUGGCUCUGUCGGGGCUCUGCAAAUACGACAACUGCUCCUGCUGUAUCAGGGAUAAGUGUUCAGGGGAGAACACGGAGUGCCGUUUACAUGGCGGAUACUGUCACCACGAGUGCAAGUCUGACGAAAUGCCUCUGACGGGUAUCUGUGAGCAUGAGGGCUGCCUUUGCUGUGUUAGGGGUCCGUGUUCAGGGGAGAACACGGAGUGCCACUUACAUGGCGGAUACUGUCACCACGAGUGCAAGUCUGACGAAAUGCCUCUGACGGGUAUCUGUGAGCAUGAGGGCUGCCUUUGCUGUGUUAGGGAGUGCAAGCAGACCACUGAGUGCGAAAUGCUGAACGGUUACUGCCACACUUCGUGCAUGGAAGGAGAAAGCACAGACGAACUCUGCCACGACGGCUGUACCUGCUGUGCUCGACGUAUUCCUGAAGUAUAGAGGAGGAACGAACUAACAAGCGAGCGGUUGGGCAUUUCCCUGACUGUGGCGAUGUUUGCACAUUGGCGUUUCAAUAGUGUACGAGGAACAUUCUUAACAAUAUUGGCGUUGCUUGUCAUUAAAGAUAAACCAAUUCCAAGUGUUUUUUCAAUACUCCUCAUCGGAAGAAAU